GGCUGCUACUGGCUGCUCACUCUCUCUCCUGCCCCCAGAGCCCACUGCCUGCUGGUGGGACGGCGCUGCUGGCCGCCCACUGACAUCUAGGAAGAUGAGUACCUGCGGGAGGAAGGCCCUGACCCUGCUAAGCAGCGUCUUUGCCGUCUGCGGCCUGGGCCUCCUGGGUAUCGCUGUCAGCACCGACUACUGGCUGUACCUGGAGGAGGGCGUGGUCCUGCCCCAGAACCAGAGCAUGGAGAUCAAGAUGUCCCUGCACUCGGGCCUGUGGCGUGUCUGCUUUCUCGCAGGUGAGGAGCGAGGACGCUGCUUCACCAUCGAAUACGUGAUGCCUAUGAACAGCCAGCUGACGUCCGAGUCCACAGUCAACGUUCUAAAAAUGAUUCGCUCGGCCACCCCGUUCCCUCUGGUCAGCCUCUUCUUCAUGUUCAUUGGGUUUAUCCUGAGCAACAUCGGACACAUCCGUCCCCACAGGACGAUCCUGGCCUUUGUCUCUGGCAUCUUUUUCAUCCUCUCAGGCCUCUCUCUCGUGGUGGGCCUGGUGCUCUACAUCUCCAGCAUCAACGACGAGAUGCUCAACAGGACCAAGGACGCAGAGACCUAUUUCAACUACAAGUACGGGUGGUCGUUUGCCUUCGCAGCCAUCUCUUUCCUUUUAACAGAGAGUGCUGGGGUGAUGUCCGUGUACCUGUUCAUGAAGAGGUACACAGCCGAGGACAUGUACAGGCCUCACCCCGGCUUCUACCGCCCACGGCUGAGCAACUGCUCCGAUUACUCAGGCCAGUUCCUGCACCCGGACGCCUGGGUCCGGGGCCGCAGCCCCUCCGACAUCUCCAGUGACGCCUCCCUGCAGAUGAACAGCAACUACCCAGCCUUGCUCAAGUGCCCCGACUAUGACCAGAUGUCGUCUUCCCCCUGCUGAGCCUCGCCGCCUCCCUCCCCGGACUCUGGACAGUGGACAGCCCUUCCCGUGCUCCCCUGCUGGCCUGUGAGCCCCAGGCCCUUGGUGAACAGGCCCAGGAUGCCCCCAUGCUUUGCUGUUGUCACUUGACCCAUGUCCCCUCCAUGCUUCCCCAGCUUAGCUCUAACUGCCCCAGGGUGGGUGGGAGCCCACGGAAAAGCUGAUUGGCUAAGAGCCUGGGCGUAGCCCCACUUCUUGAGUGCCAGUCUCUCCGGCAGCUCUCCCCUUUCCUGGGAGAGGUGUUCCAGCUCCUGUUUGUCCCUGCACACCCAACCUCAUGGCCCCAGGCCAAGGCCAGCUCUGAGAUGCCAAAUUCCUUACACAGACCCAGCUGGACUUGUGUGCUGGUCAACUGUCCUGGCCCUCGCAUUCAUGAUCUGGGCCAACGGGCCAAAAGGUGACUCCAAUACGGAGGUCUGGCUGGUUCAGAAUCGUCCAGGCAGCAUUCCUUGUGAAAUCCUUUAUCUUUUUUUGUCACCCACAUCCCUCUGUACAAUAUGCCUGUCCAUG